CGAAGCAACGACUCUGAAGAGUAUAAGCGAAAGAAACUAAAGAUAGAGUCAUCGCCAAAACUCAGCAAAGCUAAAGCUAAAAAAACCUUUGCGUCAUGGCGAUAUCCAAGCUCCACCUACUCUUUCUUCUCUUAGUCAUUCUCUCCCUCCAUCGUCCUGUUCUUUCCGAUGAAGAAGACCUUCUUCUUACAAUUAUCAACAAGUACAGAACAUCACUAAACCUAACAACACUAACACCUAACGACAACGCAGAUUGUCUCGCAGAAGAAAUAACAGACCAAUUCAAGAACCGACCAUGCACAAACACCACUACCUCAGCUUCAGUCCCUGGAUCCGAACCUCAGUUCCCAAACUACCCUAAGCUCCUCAAAAAAUGCCAUCUCAACGUAACCGCAAUGAGAGACAGUGUAAUACUGCCAGCUUGUGUUUCUAACCAUGAUCAAAGCCUUGUAUUAACCAAUUUCACAAACUCAGACUACUUGAAAAACCUGAAUGAUUCCAAGUUCACUGGAAUUGGUAUUGGUUCUGAUGACAAUUGGAUUGUGGUUGUCCUCUUGACUAUAAAUACAUCCGAAGGUAGCUUUUCUCCGGCCGUUAUUUACCAUUAUGCUGGAGGUUUCACAUUCGGCAUUAACGGUUUUGUUAACAAUUUUCUUUUGAUGGUUCUUCUCUUUUGUUUCUUCAUGUUUUGAGUUUGAUAGUUGGUUUGUUUCUCUUGUGUAAUGAUCUCAUCAUAUUUGUUUUUUUAUCGUUUCAUUUACUCAAAAUUAUGUACUUGUGAUCAGCCUGAUGACAAUGCCAAGUUUCUCAUUCUUGAGACUAGAGUGUUGAACUACAAAUCAACACAUCAAUCUAGCAAAAACGAUAACCUGAUCCAUGCAAAAACCAUAAUCGAAAAAUCAAAAACUAAAUAAACGACAAAAAGAAA